UGCUGUCUACUAUCUUCUAUUGCAUCAGGGCCUCAUCCAAUAGCUGCCAUUUUUUGUAUAAUAAACUUAGGCAGGCCAUUGUGCAAUCGUGCCAUUCUGUCUAAUACUGAAAUGAAUAGGGAGGAGCUUGGGAACAUUAUAACUGUGAGAGCAAAACCAGCUGGUGCAUUGUUUGUGAAAAAUAAUGGCCAUAGAGAGGAUAAAGAGGAGUCCAGAACUGAACCUGAUGUGGGCUUGGAAUUCGAUUCAGCUGAAGAUGCACAGGAAUUUUAUAGUUUAUAUGCAGCACAAACAGGAUUCAGAAUUAGGAUAGGUCAGUUGUACAUGUCCAGAGUUGAUGGGUCAGUUAUUUCACGAAGAUUUGUGUGUUCAAAGGGCGGUUUUCAGCCUAACUCCAGAAUAGGUUGUCCAGCAUUUAUAAAGGUACAAAAAAAUGAUUCCUGGAAGUGGAUUCUGGCCAAUAUCAAGAAAGAGCACAAUCAUGAGCUUGGACUGCCAUGGGAAAUUCGUCCGCCCCAUAUAAAAAGGAAAGCCCAUCCAGCUCCAAGAUUGACAAAUGUAGCGUCCACCAGAACAGGAAUAAGAUCCCUUGAGGAGGAGGAUGUAUGCCCACUUCCUUCAGGUAUUGUUGAUGUCAAACCUUUCAAAAGGGAGAGGCAGAAGGAGUACCUAAAGUUGAACCUUACAAAGGUCUUGAAUUCAGUUCUGCUAAUGAAGCAUAUAAAUUUUAUUAUUCAUAUGCAGCUAAAACUGGAUUCAAAGUUCGCAUUGGUCAAUUGUUCCGUUCAAAGCAUAAUGGAUCAAUUACCUCUAGAAGAUUUGUGUGCUCAUAGGAAGGACAUCAGCACCCUUCAAGAGUUGGUUGUGAGACAAGAAUCAGGAAAAUGGAUAGUUGAUUGUCUUCAAAAAGAACACAACCACAGUCUUGAUUCUACAAUGGAUUCAACCAGGCUAAUUGCUGCAGCUCUGAAUGGCUUUAGAGAGGAAGCAGCUAGUGGCUUAGAUAAUUUGGAUUUGGCUGAAGCAAAUGGUCGCCUGAAGCUUGCAAAAGAGGUCAGUCAGACACCGAGUGAAUUUGAUCCUGCCUGGAGUAUAAUUCUUCAAAAGUAUGACUUGAAAGAGAAUGCUUGGUUGAAAGAAAUGUAUAGAACACGGAAAAGUUGGGUUCCAUUGUAUAUAAGGGGUACAUUCUUUGCAGGCAUUGGGAUGGAUGGAAGCUUCAAAUCAUUUUUUAGCUCUUAUCUGAAUGCCCCAACACCACUUGAUGAAUUUGUUCUGCCUCUUGAGCAACAUCGUGAGGAGGAAAAAAAGGAGGAUAUCAACUCAUUUAACUUGCAAGUUGUUUUGCACGCAAAGGAUCCCAAAGAAGAACAAGGAAGACUUCUUUGUACAAUGACAAUGUUUAAAGCAUUUCAGAAAGAGCUUUUGGAAUGCUAUGGCUAUGUUGGAAUAAAGAUUACUAUGGAAGGUUCUAUUAGUAGAUAUUUGAAAGAUGCAAGCUUGCUCAUGAGAUUAUGCAAGUGGGCAAAAGAAACUUUUGCUGGCAAAGCUAAUAGGGUUCCUCUUGUAGCAACUUGGAAAUUUUCAUAUCAUGGUGAGAGGCAGUGGUUAGGUAUGACUGGUGUUCUAGGAGGCAGUGCACUACUUAUGGGGAGAGAG